AACCAGCCGCCCCAGAGUUCCUGGCGUUUCUCGUCGACUGAAGCCGCGGCAGGGAUUUGGGUCUCGGUUGCCGAUAUCUCCCACCAUCUGUGGCCGACAUUACUGCGUUCGGCGGCCGCGACCUGACUUAAAUCGGGAGGGGGAAAGAAGAUGGGAGUCCCAGCGUUUUUCCGCUGGCUCAGUCGGAAGUAUCCGUCAAUCGUGGUGCACUGCGUGGAGGAGAAGGCAAAGGAAGUCAAUGGAGUCAAAGUUCCAGUGGACUGCAGCAAGCCUAAUCCAAAUGAAGUGGAGUUUGAUAAUCUGUACUUGGACAUGAAUGGCAUUAUUCAUCCUUGCACACAUCCUGAAAACAAGCCAGCUCCCAAGAAUGAAGAUGAAAUGAUGGUGGCCAUAUUUGAAUAUAUCGAUCGUUUAUUUAACAUCAUUAGACCGAGGCGCUUGCUUUAUAUGGCAAUAGAUGGAGUUGCUCCCCGUGCCAAAAUGAACCAACAGCGAUCCAGACGUUUUCGUGCAUCCAAAGAGGGAGUGGAGCUAGCUGAGGAGAAGAACAGAAUGAGGAAAGAAGUGCUUUCUAAAGGUGGAUAUUUACCUCCAGAGACAGUAAAAGAAAGAUUUGACAGCAACUGCAUUACUCCAGGAACAGAAUUCAUGGACAACCUAGCACAAUGCCUUAGAUACUACAUCGCUGAUCGCUUAAAUAGUGAUCCUGGUUGGAAAAACUUAACAGUUAUUUUGUCAGAUGCCAGUGUUCCUGGUGAGGGUGAACACAAGAUCAUGGAUUAUAUAAGAAGGCAACGAGCUCAACCAAACCAUGAUCCAAACACUCGGCAUUGCUUGUGUGGGGCUGAUGCUGAUCUUAUCAUGUUAGGAUUGGCAACUCACGAAGUGAACUUCACCAUAAUCAGAGAAGAGUUCAAGCCAAACCAGCCAAGACCAUGUCCUCUUUGUGGCCAGAUAGGUCAUGAAAUCAAUGAAUGCCAGGGCUUGCCAAAAGAGAAGCAGGGAGAGUUUGAUCAGUUUGCAGGCAGUGCUCCUUCUGGUUCAGAAGUUGAGUUCAUAUUUAUCCGAUUAACUGUAUUGCGUGAGUACUUGGAAAGAGAAUUGACGAUGGCAAGCCUGCCCUUUCCAUUCGACUUUGAGAGGAGCAUUGAUGACUGGGUAUUUAUGUGCUUCUUUGUGGGAAAUGAUUUCCUGCCUCAUCUGCCCUCCCUGGAAAUUAGGGAAGGUGCGAUUGAUCGACUGGUUGGCAUUUACAAGAAUGUAGUGCACAAGACUGGAGGCUAUCUUACAGAGAAUGGUUACGUAAAUUUGGAACGAGUUCAGAUGAUUAUGACUGCAGUUGGAGAGGCUGAGGAUAACAUUUUUAAGAAGAGAAGAGAGGAUGAUGUGUCAUUCAGAAAAAGGCAGAAGGAAAAGAACAAAAGGAUGAAAGGAAACGUUUUGGAUGGAUUUGAGAGGGAGAGGAAAAAGAGGCAGACCGAUGCACCAUCCUUUAUUCCAGGUGGACAGCUUGCUCCACAACCUUUGGGCCAGCGAAGUGGUGGAAGUAAACCAGAGGCCAUUCAGAGUCCAAGGCAGACAGCUUAUGAAAUGAGAGUACAGAGUAAAGAUCAACAAAAUAGGACUGAAGCACAGAAUAGCAGUUCAAAUUCAGAUGGGAGUCAACUUCCACUGGGAAUGAAGAGGAAGAAUGGGGAUAAUGAUGAUGAUGAUGACGAACCACCAGAUAAUAUCAGGCUUUGGGAAGAGGGUUGGAAGCAGCGUUACUAUAAAAACAAGUUUGAUGUUGAUGCUUCUGAUGAAAAAUUCCGCAGAAAAGUUGUAGAAUCGUAUGUUGAAGGUUUAUGUUGGGUUCUUCAAUAUUAUUAUCAGGGGUGUGCUUCCUGGAAAUGGUUCUACCCGUUCCACUAUGCACCAUUUGCUUCAGACUUCUCAGACAUAAAAGAUAUGCCUUCCACAUUUGAAAAGGGAACACAGCCGUUCAAGCCACUGGAACAACUGAUGGGAGUAUUUCCUGCAGCAAGUGGUAACUUCCUCCCAAAGACCUGGCGGAUAUUGAUGGAAGAUCCAGACUCUUCAAUCAUUGACUUCUAUCCUGAUGAUUUCGCUAUUGAUUUAAAUGGAAAGAAAUAUGCUUGGCAAGGUGUUGCGCUUCUACCAUUUGUUGAUGAACGGCGGCUUAGAGCAGCUCUGGAAAAGGUUUACCCUGAUCUCACCCCUGAUGAAAUUCGACGGAAUAGCCUUGGAAGUGAUGUUUUGUUUGUUGAAAAACACCACAAAAUGUUCGACUUUAUUGUUGAGUUGCAAAAUGGUGAUGAUAAGGGUGUUGAAAUGUCUCCUGAACUUUGCCAUGGUAUAAAAGGCCUACUAACAACACAGAGUGAUUUAAUAAAGCCAGGGAAGAAGGUAGUUUCUCCUAUACCAGCACUGAAUGACAUUAUUGAGAAUAAUGUAUGCAGUAUACUAUUCAAGGAUCCUCAGUUUGAAGACAACUAUAUUUUCAAGGCUGUUUUGUUACCUACAGCAGUGAAGCCUCCAAAGGUAUUAAAACCAAGUGAUUGGGAGCAGUCAAAUCCAAAACAGCCUUGGCGGCCAAGACUUGGCUUUAAUCCCAGUCGGCAGCAGGUCCAUCUAGACCAGUCAGCUUUUAGAACGUUGGGCCAUGUUAUGUCAAAAGACCGCUCUCAGGGUGUUUACAGUUACACUCCUCCGCCUAGUUAUCAACAAGCGAAAAAUUCACGGCCCCCACUGAUGAGAGCACCACCAUCUCUUACUGUCCCACUGCCAAGCCUGAGACCACAAGAUUGGCGAGGUCCACAACCACUUUUUCAGCAACUUAUACCUCAGCGAAACCAGGGGGUUGAGCAGCAGUUGGCAUGGAACCGUAUCAUGCAAUCACAGGGUGGUUUAUUCCAGCAGAAUCACCACAGGCUUGGGGCAGGAAUGCCAGCCUAUUUUCAACAGAGGCAAGAUGAUCGUCGAGGGCGCCAGGGAUUUCCUGGGAGACAUUACCCAUUGCCACCAGAUUCUGGAAGAUUUGGUUGGAAUUAAAAGCCUCUCUUGGCUCUGCUGCACAGGCUGUGCCUUACAGGGUGCAGUUAAUUGAUCAGCGUCCAUCCAAGCUGAAUUUUAACAUUGUACCUGUAAAGAGUCCUGACUUAAUUUUUAAUGUGAUAAUGUAAUACUUGUUUCUAUGUAUUUUUGUGCUUCAUUUUUCACUUGCUGUUGUACGGAUUCUGCAGUUACCAUUUUUUUUUAAAAAAACACUGGAAUACGGUGUGGUAAAUAGAUUGCAGAAGGGCUACAGGCAAGACUUGCUGUUGACAUUGUAAUGGUUUAGCAUCUAUAAAAAUCGGGAAACCAAAUUGGGUUUUUAUUUGUGUACAUCAAAAGUGAUCUUUAGUAAAAAUGUAUUACCAUU